AUGUCGCAGGACAACGUUUGCCAUUGCCAGCUCCCGCAAUUGCAGAGCUCAACGUCCAGCACCACAAUCCUCAAGCACAAAAGAACUCUUGAGGACAGCCUGAUGAACCAGAAGCUCGAUGUGAGCAGCAUUGUCUUGCUUCGCUUUGUGAAGCCAGAGUCUCAAAAGAAUGAUGCCCGGCGCUCAUCUCAAGCUUGCAUUGCAGCCUACAGCACGAGCUUCAAGACCAAUAGCUUCUCUGAAGUGGAGGCCCUGCGCACGUCUACAAUAGGCCCAUCACCGCUCAUCAAGACUUCCCAAAUGCUGGGUUAUGACGCUGAGGAUGGCAGCAUGAGCGCUGGACUUCGCACGGAGCAGAAGGGGAUUCCAGUGCAUGUUGACAUCCUGAAAGCUUAUUCGAAUGGUUUGGAACUCCGUGACUGUGAUGAUCUCCUGUUCGUGGAUGUGAUCCCGAAUAGGCAUUGCGAAUUUGCUCGGGCUGCGACUGCGUGCAUUUUGGAUGGCACCCUUCCCCAGCUGCACUACUUGGGCUUUGUGAGAGCGGAGCACCUGCCCAAGGUCCAUGAAGCCAUUACAGCCCAGGUCUAUGAGCAUUGGGACAACAGCUCAGAAUCAGGGCCAAAGACUCGUCCAAGAGAGAGUGACGAGCUUCAACCACUUGGGCUGAAAGUGUUGGCCUCGGCCAAUGGCAUCAUUCAGUGGCCACAGUCUCUGUCUGAGCGCUUCCCUCAAGAUACACCGGAGCACAAGGCCUUGGAGGCCAAACACGAAGAGUUCUUGCAGCUCUAUCCGCAAGGAGCAAGCACUGCAGCUCCUACAACUCAAUCUUCGACCCCAUCGAGGUCAAACGCAAAACCAGAUUUCAGCAUCGACCAUGAGGCCUUGCCGUUGGAUCCAAACCGUGCAGUGGAUUUGCCAGGGGUAUCUGUUGCUGACUUCACGGCCCAGAGGCAGGAUCAUCGCUCAAAAUCUGAGAUUGUUCACAUCAUUCGUUCUAUAAAAUACCAAACUUUAAACUGCCUUAGUUCUUUGGUGGCGCAUCCCAUGCAAGGUUGGCAGUCUCUCCUGGCAAAGGAUCUCGUCCAACCGUGGUGGUCACCACUGACUACCAGCUAUGGCUCGGGAAUGAGCUUGAUGAGGUUCUGA